UAGCGGUAGAAAUCAAAUUUUUCCUCGAUUUCAAAUUACUUUGUUUAAUACUUUCUGUAUGUUGAAUUUUGAUGAAUCUUUUGCAUCUAACGCAAUUUUUAUGAUCCAAGAAUUUAAUACCGCUGAAAUACGAAUGUGUAUUAUGUCAUUUCUCCAAAGCGAGAAAUCAUUAAUUCGAAAAUAAAAGAAAAAGUGCCUGAAUAAAAAAUUUUCUCCUAUUGUAACGAAUUGGCCGUCAAGAAGAUGUAAUUAUUCUUUCUCGGCGGACGGGACGGUACCGUUCACUCUAUAUAAGUGCUGCGUUUAGUCUAUCGAUAGUAUGUAUGAAGACAAUAUGUGGAAUAAGAGAUUUCAAUAAUUCCAUAGACGAGAAAACGAAGCAGAAGUAAAUCGAACGUUUACAUUUCUACUAUUUUCUCUUUAUAAUGAAUUAUUAUUAUUUUUCGAAUACAUAAUAUCAGUUGAUAUCAUUAUCAUAUUGAUGGAGCAGAUGUUUCAUCGUAAUUGAACGGCAGCAUUUUUAAAUAGAUGUUCCACAACAUGAAAAGUGUCCCACAUCCUGGUUGUAGAAUGUACAUUCAUGUUAGGAUUUCCUUCAUAUACAAAAAAAGGGUUGCUAAUUAACUUUGAAGAAGAGAGAAUAUUAAAAAAAUUAUUGAUUAAAAAGUGACCAACGAAUUGAACAAAACAGAAAAAGCAUAAUCAGACACAGAUGACGGUUGCAAAUGGACUAGUAUUGUUUAGAUGUCAACUAUUGUCAUUUACUGUAGCCAUCUACACCGAUCAUUACUUUUCUUUUUCAUUCUUUUUAGUAAGUUGGCUGUUUUAAUAAAUAAUAUAUUUUGUCUGCUUUCGGUUAUAUUCAAAAUAAAAAAGCAGCAAAUUUUGUUCGUGUUUUGAUGUUUAUAACUAAAAUACUUUGUUUUUAGGAAACAUCAACUACAUCUGUAGCAUCAAAUACACCUGAAAUAUCAAAUAGACCUGAAGUGCCAAAUACACCUGAAGUAUCAAAUACACCUGAAGUACCAAAUACACCUGAAAUAUCAAAUACAUCUGAAGUACCAAAUACACCUCAAAUAUCAAAUACACCUGUAGCAUCGAAUACAACAAUAGCAUCAACGACACCUAUGGCAUCAAAUACAACUGCAGGAGCAACCACAGAGUGUUCAUUACAACAAAUACAAAAUUACUUAUUAAAAGUUGUCGAUCAAAAUAAAGAAAUAUAUGAU